UCCUUACGCACGCUGCGCGCAGACGUCAGCCUCUGACGUCGUCGCCCCCGCGCCGGCUCCCUCCCGGGCAGCUCCCGCCGACCGUUGGGCGGCCUACCGAAGUCCCUCUGUCAGGGCUCCCUCCAACCCCGGAACCGCUCUCGCGGCGGCGACCCAUGUGGGGGUUCAGGCUCCUGCGGUCGCCGCCGCUGCUGCUCCUGCUGCCGCAGCUCGGAAUCGGAGACCCCUCUUUCUGCUCUCAGGCCAGAGCCAUGAACCCGGGCGGCAGCGGCGGAGCGCGAUGCUCCCCUGCGGCCGAGGGGCGCCGUCAGCAGUGCCUGCAGCUGUCCUCCGUGCCUGGAGCCGAUCCGCAGCGCAGCAACGAGUUGCUCCUGUUGGCAGCGACGGGGGAGGGACUGGAGCGGCGGGACCUCCCUGAGGACCAGGCGAAGGAGGAGCCGCAGCUGCCGUCCCAGCAUCACGUCCUCUAUUUCCCUGGGGAUGUGCAGAAUUACCAUGAAAUUAUGACUCGUCAUCCUGAGAAUUAUCAGUGGGAAAACUGGAGUCUAGAAAAUGUUGCCACCACUUUAGCCCACCGGUUCCCCAAUAGUUAUAUUUGGGUGAUAAAGUGUUCUCGAAUGCAUUUGCACAAAUUCAGCUGCUAUGACAAUUUUGUGAAAAGCAACAUGUUUGGUGCUCCAGAACACAGUACUGACUUUGGGGCUUUUAAACACCUUUAUAUGUUAUUAGUUAAUGCUUUUAACUUAAGUCAGAAUAGUUUAUCAAAGAAAAAUAUGAAUGUUUGGAAUAAGGACUCCACAGCAUCUAAUUGUAGAUCCAGUUCUUCUCAUACUACAAAUGGUUGCCAGGGAGAAAAAGAGAGGACCUGUGAAAAACUUGAUGAAUCUGCCAUGAGAUUUUAUCCACCAUCACUAAAUGGCGCGUCUUUUACUUUGAUUGGAUUCAGUAAAGGUUGUGUUGUUUUGAAUCAGUUGCUUUUUGAAUUGAAAGAAGCCAAGAAAGACAAGAACAUAGAUGAUUUUAUCAAAAGCAUAAGAACAAUGUACUGGCUGGAUGGUGGUCAUUCUGGAGGAAGCAAUACUUGGGUUACUUAUCCAGAAGUCUUGAAAGAAUUUGCCCAAACAGGGAUUAUUGUUCAUACUCAUGUAACACCGUAUCAAGUACGUGAUCCAAUGAGAUCUUGGAUUGGAAAGGAGCACAAGAAAUUUGUUCAGAUACUUGGGGAUUUUGGUAUGCAAGUGACUAGCCAAAUUCAUUUUACAAAGGAAGCUCCUUCCAUAGAGAAUCACUUCAGGGUUCAUGAAGUGUUUUGAAACUACAAGAAUAUUAAUGUAUUUAAUUGUUCAGUGGAAGAACAUAAGCACUUUGAAUGUUAUAAAUUCAAGUAAUGAGAUGUAAUUCAUAGAUGCAUUGUCAGUUUUUGGGGUAUGGGAGAGGCACACAUUCCUGAAGUAUGAGUGUAAUGUGCAGUGGUAUUUCUUGCUUGUGAAUGUGAACAGUUUUUAAUUUGGAUUGAGUUAGAAUUAAUUUGGAAUCUAAUAAGGUGGUUUGUGAUAAUCCAAUGAGGAGAGAGAAGAUCUUUAACAAUAAAAGUUAUAAUACAGUUCUUAUAAAAGAUAACUAAAAUUGUUAUUGUUGGAAGUAGUUGGUUUUCUGAGUAAUAUUUUAAACUAAUUUUGAUGCCGUUAUAACAAUAGCUGUUUGGGCACUCAAAACUUGAAUGGAAACAUUUCAUUUUUCUUCAGACAAAGCAAAAACACGAUGUUUGCCAUCAUUUUGGAAUAACUGUACCCUGCCUCUUGUGUUGCAUAAACUUAGGAAUCAUUCUUUAACCUGCCACUGAGUAUUUUUUUCUUGAGAGUCAAAAUAUAUUUGUUUACAAAUGUUCAAAAAUGUGCAAUAGUGGAAAGCUGAUUUUCAAAAACAUUAUAGCUCGUGCAGUAGCAUGCACUUUUAGUCCCAGCUACUUGGGAGCUGAAGCAAGAGGAUUGCUUGAGCUAAGGCUGUAGUGCACCAUGAUUGUGCCUGUGAAUAGCCACUACACUCCUGGACAACAUAGUACAGCCUGGACAACAUAGUGAGACCCCCAUCUCUUAAAAAAAUUAUAUUUAAGCACUGUGGCAUAAUUUUUAAUUGACAGUUUUUAAUUAAUUAUUUUGGAUAAGACAUUUUGGGGUUCUUAAAUCUUGGCCAAAAACCAAUUGUUUUGGAAAGUUGAUUUAAAUUGAGCAUAAUUAUGUAUAUUGGAUAAAAAUGUACUAUAGAGCAAAUUUCAAAUUUUUCAUUAUGUCAAGUCUUUUGAAAGAGAUCAACUUAGGUAAAAUAAAUAUAUAAUGUUCUAUUUGUUAGUGCUCUAUUGAAAAGGAAACAGAUUCAUAGAUCUAAAUCAAUGUUUCUCCAGAAGCAUGAUUUUGUCUGCCAAAAGAAAAUAGCUCUCUUUGGCCAAAAUGCAAAAUUAUAUUGCUAUAAGAAAAGUUACAAGGGAAAGUUUGAAGACACAAAUGAUUUAAUUUUGGCUCAAAAACUGAAUUUGCUUAACACUGCUACAUAAUUUGGGUGAAGUUUCCUUCUGCCCAUUUUUCAUGACCUACAUGAAUACAUUUUUGAGAAACCAAGAUCUAAUGAAUGUCAACCAACACUGAAACAUAGUUGUGUGGUUACAAUAAAAGGUGAGUGGUCACUUUAUUGAUAAUUGGCUUUUGCAGGUCAUGGAAUAAGCAGGGAAGCAACAUGCUUUAGGACU